AUGGAUACGCGUCUUCCCAUCCUCCUUCUCGCGCCCCUUCUUCUUCUUCUUGUCUCGUCGGCACAGGCACAGCUAUCUCCUAACUUCUACCAGAACAGCUGCCCCAACGUGGAGUCACUAGUCCGCUCCGCCGUCCGGGCAAAGUUCCAGCAGACCUUUGUCACCGCCCCCGCCACCCUCCGCCUCUACUUCCACGAUUGCUUCGUCCGGGGAUGCGAUGCAUCGGUGAUGCUGGAUUCCCCGACGAACAACGCGGAGAAGGACCACCCUGACGACAUCUCACUCGCCGGAGACGGGUUCGACACGGUGGUGAAGGCCAAAGCCGCGGUGGACAGCAACCCGAGGUGCCGCAACAGAGUGUCGUGCGCCGAUAUCCUGGCUCUGGCGACCCGCGAGGUGGUCUCCCUGGCAGGAGGACCUUUCUACAGAGUGGAACUCGGGAGGAGGGACGGGCGGAUGUCAACGAAAGCCAGCGUGCAACGCCAACUCCCACACGCAAACUUCAACUUGGAUCAGCUCAACCAAAUGUUCAACUCCCACUCCCUCUCCCAGACCGACAUGGUCGCCCUCUCCGGCGCGCACACGCUGGGGUUCUCCCACUGCGGACAAUUCGCCAGCAGGAUCUACGGCUUCAGCAAGACCAACGCCAUCGACCCGACCUUGAACCGGAACUACGCCACCCAGCUCCGCCAGAUGUGCCCGCUCAAGGUGGACCCCAGGAUCGCCAUCAACAUGGACCCAACCACCCCUCGAACCUUCGACAACGCCUACUACCGCAACCUGCAGCAAGGGAGGGGACUCUUCUCCUCCGACCAGGUCCUCUUCUCCGACCCCAGAUCCCGCCCCACCGUCAACCUCUUCGCCAACAACCAGACCGCGUUCAACAAAGCGUUUGCCGACGCCAUCACCAAGCUGGGACGAGUCGGGGUUCUCACGGGGACCAAGGGGGAAAUCCGCCGAGACUGCACCCGCGCUAAUUAA